AUGGCGCCAUCGGAUACUCAAAAGGCCGUCUCAGUAAGUACCGCUCGUCUACUGAGAACCUGGUCUGUGACUGACUGGGAACAGGCCAAGCAGCAGGGCCCGCCCAAGCUUUCUGAUUACAAGGAGAUCCUUGAUGAGAGCACAUUCGAACAGAUCCUUGAGAUGGACGAUGAUGAAGAAGACCGGGACUUCAGUAAAAGCAUCGUUUACGGUUUCUUCGAACAGGCCGAGAACACUUUCAAGAAGAUCCAAAAGGAAAUAGAUGAAAAGAACCUUGACGAACUUUCCGCCCUCGGCCACUUCCUGAAGGGCUCAUCCGCUACACUAGGCCUAGUCAAGGUCAAGGACGGCUGCGAGAAGAUCCAGCACUUCGGCGCCGGCAAGGAUGAGACAGGUACCAUCGAUGAACCGGACACGGAGGUUUCCCUCAAGGCCAUCAAAAAGACACUCGACGAGGUCGAAAUCGCCUACCGCAAGGUCGAGAAUCUCCUGCGUCGAUACUACGGCGAGGAGUUGAAGGAAGAGGAAGAGAAGAAACCAGCCGCAGAGAAGGAAGAAAAGAAGGAAGAGAAGCCCAAGGAAGAAAAGAAGGAAGAGCCCAAGGAGACCAAAGAGCCCGAGUCCAAGCCCAAGGAAACCUCGAAAUAG